GCAGCAGUUAGCAAAGUUAUCAAUCAUUCUGUAUUUUUGAGCUAUAUGCGCGGAAUCUAUACCGAGAGGGAACCGUUCUUUUGGAUACGCUCCCACAAAAGUGAUUCUGGACGAACGGUGUUACGAGGUUUCAUCCAGAAGAUAGCUCCGUAGUAUGCUUAGGCGUGAGACAUGACGGCGGUCACCUUGAUCCACGUAGAGAAUUCGUGAGGUCUCAAAGGACGGCUGAUAUUAUAAAUGCAGUGUUUUCCAUGACUGUUUGCGAGACUAGAUGGGGAUCGACGCUUAGCCGAAAAAUUGGGUUGUGCACUUCAUUCGUUACUCAGGGCAACCAGACAAGCCAAGCGGCGCUACUCCCAGCCAUGCACUCACCUCGGUUCACAGCGCACCGCUCUAUACCGGAGGGAAGGCUGCCAUUAAGAUAUAAAAGCACAGUAUAGCUCUGCCACAGAGACAGAAGACAUUUCCAGCAGCUGAAGACAAGGGGUGAGUAUCUCGUGGUAGUGUGUGGCUUUUAAAAGGGAGGUUCCAUCUAUCACUGUGUGAGAGAAAUCAUGCGAAACUGAUGAGCGGGCGGUUUCUUGCCUGAGCCUCACCACAGAAAGCCAGCAAAGGUUUCUGGCAGCAUCUGUGACGUACUGCGUCUAUGAUAUAUAUCAUGUCGUGGAGGGCUGUCAAUGACGCUACAACAUCACGCUUCCUGUAUACCCCAGAUCACAUAAAUUAUGUUACUCUCCAUUUUGCUCCUGUGGAGCUGCAAGCCUCACAGGGCAACUGUUUCUCACUCAGUAUUCCUUCGCAACCAGACUUCCGUGACCGCCGGGAUCCAAGGAUCCGCACCGGUCGGGAGUUGCGAGAGAUCUCGGGAUGAGAGACAGUCUUGAGUCCAGGAAGGAUCACUGAGGACGCCGUGGAAGUAUACUCAGCAACGUCAGCCAACGGUAACGUACCACAUGAAGAAACGGCUACCCAUUACGUUGCCACAUGACUGUGUAUAUGCGACGCUGCCGAAGAAGUAGAAUGCUCCAUGCUUCUCAGGAUAUGUCGAAAAAUCGAACCUGCGCGAGCUGGAUUGAUUGCAACGCCUAUCGGGACACGUACUGCUUCCUGAAGCGUCUGCGGUGCAACCUGUCACAAAAAUUCGUUGAUAAGUUCAAUACCCUUCGUUCUGGUAACUGGGAGACUUUCCUUGUCAACGGCAUCAGCUAGUGUGCGGUUAUUAAUCAUUCAUCAUACUGGCUUUUGUUGUUCUUUUGUGCGGUGUAUGCCGUUGAUUGAAAAGUGCCAUUUCUAGCGUGCUUUGCCCAAAUGAUGGGAUCUGGACAUCGCUGCGGAUCAAAAGACCAUACGACGCACUGGUCAUGUUGCGUGAAAGAAGCUACUCUCUGUUUUACAUACCCCUCCCUACUAGCCUUGCCCUGCCAAUCACUGAUGUCACCCAUGGUUUCGCUUUUUUCUGUUUUACCAACGAGGUAUCGCGCGGCAGUUCUACGCUUCCUGCAAACGCACGCAGUUCAGAACUAUCCAGAUAGUGUUUUACUGCCUGAAAAAUUAGACCUCAAUGAACAAGUGUAGUACAUCACAACGUGCGGGGAAGAAGGGGACAGGAAACGGUAGGAGAACGGCCAGGAGGGCAAGCCACACAUCUAGUUUCCUUCUGGAGUGGGUUAGGUAUCCCACGGCUGAUGCAGUAUCUUGACAACCGCACUCGAAUUCAAGCAUCCCUAGCUGUCUCCUUUUUCGGGAAGAACUGCCUUACGAAAUUGUCAACGCAACAGUGAAUUUUGCUGUCUCCCGAAGCGACCCUGGUGUCUUCUCGUGGAGGGUCGCAUGCAGAUACAACGAGCUGUGCCAGAAGACAGACAUCGGCAGCCAGGCAUUCGCCAAACGUCCAUUUCACAUUUGCUCCACGGGUUUCUCACUCUACCCCAUUUUCCCAAGAAAAGUUUGUCUCAACUCGGAUCUGUCCGUGGCACAUCCUCUUUUCAGAGACACAUCAUGCGCUUGCAUGCGCUGCAUUACAUGGGAUUCACGCAGUCAACCAAUGGUGGUUUCCAUGCAUCGGAGAGAAGGCGCUUUCCAAUUUUUGCUCCGUUUUACCUAACGGAUGUGUAUCUUUUUUAACUUACGUGACAAGCACCUCUUUCAAAAGCCCGACAGGCUGUCGUUCGUUGAAUCCACUAUCGCCUGUUGCUCGUCGUCUUAGGGCGGCUUCAGCAAGUAGUCUUCGCCGUUAGAUUUGUGGAUGCUAAACACUGUUGGUGGUCACCUUUUUGCUGAGCAUCCAGUGAAAGUUUCUUUUCUGCGUUCCCCUAUCUUCGCCUGCUCUCUCGGUGUGAUCCUGCGUAAGAGGUACACCCUACCGGUACGGCUUGCCAAGCCGAUCUAUUGGCAUUUGUCUGUUUAAGCACACUUUACUCAGCCGUUCGCUGCUUGGUGGUGCGUUUAGCGUGCACGAGGCCAUAUUGUUUCGAUAUUUGCCUGGUUCAAUGCCCGCAACUGUCUCCAGAAAGACGCCCUCUGUUAUUGCGGAUGUCCCGUGUGUGUCCUAUGUAGAGCUGUAAGACCUAAUCCGCGUGCCCUCCCGAAAUUUCAACGACUUCAGUGCUCGGCCUUACGUUAAUAUCCACAGUGUAGGGUAUGCAUUGUCCACUAAGGGUGGAGCAAUGGACGCGAUUCCUGUGUCACAAUGGCAGGAUGUGCCCGCAGCGACCGGAGGUGCUGCCCGUGGAAAGACUGACGGUCUGCGACAGCAAGCCCCCUCGGCGCCCGCGCUUCUAAGCGAAUUCGAUCAAUCUGAUGACCCUAAGUACUCUGAUGCAUCUUUGGCGAGUGACAGCGUCUGUGGCAACGUCGAUUAUUUCCGUGAGGCAGAUUCCUUUUUCAAGGAUCUCGCACAGCUCAAAGAGCUGUGUGAGUCACUGUGCGAAGGAUAUGCCCGACCUACAGAGCCCGCGUCCAACGAGGUGUAUGUACACCGGGUGUCCGUGUGCCGAGUAGAACAUGCCGUUGAGCUGGUCACGAGUUGUGUCAGGGUUUUGGACCGGUACCAAAACCGGCCCACCUUGCUGGAUCGUCACAUUCCUCAAAUCGUCGAUCCUCUGGUCCAGGUUGUUCAAAAAUACCUGCACCUUAUUUCGCCGUUCUGCCCCGCAGACGAAUUGACGUCGACAGUCCACAGAACCCGUUCCCCGGGGGAACCGGCGCCGGCUGGUCUGGGCAGGCGUUCCGGCGGCGGCCUGAAAUUGGCCACGAAGACGAACUGCGAGGACGAAGACGAGCAAGUGAGGCGACUGGCCGCGUCGCUGUCUCUGAGGCUUAUCCUCCACCUCGUGUACGCCCUCUGCAAAGUCAGGGGGUACAAGUCCGUCCAGCUCUUGCUUCCGCAGAGACCGGACCUUCUGGAGUCGGUCGUGGACCUGUGCGAGAUUCUCUUCGAGGCUGAGCUUCUGUAUGCUCCGUCCUCUUCUUCUUUGGCAUCGACAACCGAGACAGAACGACCCCUGUCGCCCCGCUGCGCCACUCGCGGACCUGGUGAGGAACAUGUUUGGCCUGCGGACCUUUGCACUGGAGACGCGAACGACGAGGCAGAGUGGAGUGACACAUGCAAGCUCUCUUUCGCCACACGGACACAGACUGGAGGAAGAGUAACGAGGGAACCGUGUUGCAGUGCAUUACGCGCUCUCUCAGCUCUUGCGAAGCAACUCCCACUGUGGAGCACUCACUACUCUCUCCUGGUCUGGCUCUCGCUUCUUGUUCUCGCGCCUUUCGGGUUAGACAGUCUCGACAGUUCGCUCCAAUCAGCCCAGGAGAGGACGAGUUUUGGAGGCGCCGCCGAGGUCGAAAAGACUCAACCGAGGACGCUGGGAUUAAGAAUCGUUCUUCUCGCUGAGGCGUAUCUUCGGACAACAAACACGAAAGCCAGCGACGCAGCUGCCUUUGCACUUGCCCGCUUUUUCAGUCGGCCCGAUGUCUCUCUAAAGACUCCGGAACUCCUUCCACACUUCAUCAACUUCUGCCAGCAGUCUCUCUUUUUAGAGAAGCAGCUUUCAACGUACGACGUUCCCUCUUCGUCGUGGACUUCCUCUUGCUGUUCGUCUGCUUCUGGUUCCUCUGGUCGUCCAAAUGACAGGGGAGAUCAAGGUGAAGGACAGUCCUCCUUUGCACAACUGUCCAGUCCCGUCUCAACGGGCCCUGGCGGGGAUGCUUCUCCCGUGCCUCUCUUUCAGCGAGCAAACGCACUCCGUGCGCUAAACGAGAUCCUGAAGAUCAUUGACAGGCGAGCUGUCCUCCCGGAACUCCCGCGACUCCUAGCUCUUCUCGGCCUCGCGGCUUCAGCCUCUGACGGACAGCCUGAGCUCGGCGCAUGCAGGCCCGAAAAAGAUGAACGACAGAUGUGGAGCUCGCUGUCCUCUCUCUCUGCCCUCUUCCGCAAACUGAGGUGCAGCUGUGCAGCGCGUCUGUGCAUGCUGCUGCUGCCGCCUGUCGACAACCGGUCUCUCCUGUGGAGGUACACCCCGCACGCCCGAUGUCUCACGGCGCUGCUGCAGCAGAAGCACACCCAAUCGAAAGGCCCAAAAGAGGCGGAAGCAACCAAAGAGACUGCCGGAGAGGAGAGCGGAGAAGAGGUGAGAGAAGAGGCGGAGCGAGGAGACUCUCAGGCAGAGCAAAAAAGGGGAAAAGCUGACGCUCUGGGCCCGCGUCUGGAGGGAGGAGAAGAACCCGACGAGGACGUUCCCGAAGAAGUGGAAGAGGUCAUUGGCCUCCUUCUCGAGAGGCUCUCUGAUCGGGACAGCGCCGUCAGAUGGACUGCAUCAAAGUCCAUUGCCAGAGUCGUCAUGCAGCUGCCAAAGGAAUUCGCUGACCAGGUUGUUGUGACAGUCCUCGAUUCCCUGACCUCCGUCCCGCUCUCAUCUUCUCUCUCUUCCAAGCGGCUCUGGCACGGCAGUUGUUUGGCACUCGCGGAACUGCUCAGACGAGGCCUCGUUUUCCUUCCGCGACUGGCUGCCUGCUGCUCGUGUCUGCGACUAGCGGUAGCUGUGGAAGCCUCAGCUAGUUGCGGCGCAGGAGACACGAUUGGAGCGGCUGCCGGGGCAGCUCUCAGAGACGCUGCGUGCUACGCUGCCUGGAGUCUUGCGCGUUCUUACUACCGCACAGAAGCACUGAAAGCACAAGUCGAGUCUCUGUCUCAUGCACUUCUUCUCGUUGCGCUGUUCGACCGAGAAGUGAACUGCAGACGCGCAGCAGCUGCAGCCUUUCAGGAACUCGAAGGUCGUCAGGGAGGAAUACCAUGCGGCCUGACAAUUGUCACGAUUGCGGAUUUCUUCGCUCUUGCAACGCGUCGCUCCUCGUAUCUCCGCGUGGCGCCUCGAGUCGCAAGUCUCAGUCAAGACUACGCUCUGCUACUCCUGCAUGCGUUGUCGACUCUCCUUCUCUCGCCACACGCAGAAGAAGAGCUUCGUGUCCUCGGCGCCGCAUCUCUGAAGCGGAUCGCCGUGCAGUACCCGAAGCUUGCCGCAGAGGAAGUUCUUUCCACCGUGCUGGCUAAGGCGGCGGCGCCCGACGAGGAUUUCGGAACGCGUCACGGGGCUCUUCUCGGUAUCACGGCGUUAACAGAGGCGCUUUGCGGCGGAGUCAGGAACCGCAACGGCGUGCACUCGACGGGAGGAAGCGCCGACAGCGUCGUUCGCUGCGGAGUCUCUGAAGACUGGGAAGGCAUUCCCGAGAAGACGCAAACGGAAAUCCGGCAACUCGUGUUGAAGGUUGAGAAACAGAGACAGUACCGCGGGAAGGGAGGCGACCUCAUUCGGGUGGCUGUCUGCAAACUCAUUCAAGGCCUCGCCGCGGCGCCCCUGAUCACCUUCAAGCUGGCGACAGCUCGCCGGUACCUCACCACGCUGCUGGACGGCUUGCGCCAUUUUAGUGAGUCUGUACAGCUCGCAGCGGCGGAGGCCCUUCGCGCGCUGCUUCUGCUCCGCAUGCCGACGGAAGAGAUUCACGAGUUUCUGCUCCCGACCCUCGUCUCACAUUUAAGGAAUCGAGACGAGCAUGUCGCUGCUCGCAGAGGCUACGUGCUCGCGUUGGCCACCCUCCCUCCCGCCGUUUACCUCGCCUGUCUCGACUCCCGGAAAGCGUUGACUGUACCGGCCUCGACAGAACCUGAAUGCUCUUUGAAAGGUUCGAAAGAUCAAACGCAGUCUGCGAACGGGUCGGUGGCAACUUCUUCAGAGGACGCAAACGGUCAAGGCAAAAACCUUCCAGAAUUGUUCUCGCUCCUCUGCAGAGAGGCGACGUCUAUGGCACCCUGUGGGCAGGCGGUGCUGUGCGAUGCACAGACGCGGCGCAACGCGCUGAUUGCUCUUGGCUCUGCGCUCGCAGUUCUUCUGCCUUCCUCGUCGGAGACUCGCAGGAGCGAUGGCUGUUCCCAGGAUCGAGAGAAGUCGGGGAAGAUCGUUGAGGGGACACGGUUGGAGGCGAGAGGCGCGGGAGCGUCUUGUCUGGCGUUGUCAAGGGAUGUAGAAGAGAGUGAGAGGAAGCCGGAGAGCGAGGUAGACGCUCAGCACAGUUCACCUUCGUCUUUGUUCUGGCCAGACAUCGUAGAGACACUCGAGAGGUGCUCCGCAGACUUCCAAGCUGAUCAGCGCGGCGACGUGGGGUCGUGGGUGAGAGAGGUUGCAGGGGAAAUUGCGUGUUUCCUUUUGGAAAACGCAUGUCCGCAGACAAAGGAAAGUGUGGGAACAGGGCUUUCGCGUCUCGACCUGAAUUCCGCGACCACGCACUCGAACGGUGUCGCUCCAGCCAGAUCUGGGGCGGAGAGAGAGAUGGCGAGUAGCGCGGUUGACAGUGACAACCACCGAGCGGGGAUAGGAGGAAAAGAAGGAUGCGGGACGCUGACUCGAGAAGACACACUCAGACUGCUCAGUUUGCUAAUCCGAAUGGCCAUGGAAAAUCUAGACCGAACGCGAAGCAGAGCGGCCUUUCUGCUCUACCACAUGACAGCGCCACUGGUUUCCCGCACUGAACAGCGACAAGUGUCGCGCUCGCGGAUCCGAGUCUCUCCCUUUCGAAUGGAGUGGAUUUGGGGGCGCGUUUUUCACGACUAUUCCUAUGAGCUGGGUCCAGCCGACAUCCAGCCGAUUGAAGAUUUUGGAAGUGAAGACAGCGAGAAACCAGCGGCGUGCUUUCUCACGCUUGCCCUGAAGCCGUCGCAGUAUCCUCCCUUCCUUCCUCUCCUGCAACAGUGCCUGCUUCCUGUGGCUCUUCAGCAGAAACGCGCCUUCGAAGCAACGAAGCCCGAGCUGCCUUUCCAGCGUUUGAAGCUCUCAGAUCUCCCGACCGAGAUCGGAUCAGCUCAUCCAUCCUCUCGUGUUGGCAGUGAGACGGGAGGAACGCAAGCAAAUGCAACAAGUCCGCUUGCUGGCGCGAGCAACGUGUCGUUUCACCGAACCGCAUGCGCCGUAGAGGAGGACGCAGGCGAGGACUCGCAGGAUUCGUUCUUGACAACCGGUGGGAGCUUUGACUUCCUCCUGGAACUCUCUGUGAUCGAUGGCGGGUGUGCCACUCUGCACAAGACCCGAAAAGCAGGCGUUUUGCUGCGUUUGCCACUCUUCACAAAUCCAGAAAUCACCUACCCUCGUCUCCUUCCCCUUCUCCUGCUCUCGCCCUACCGGCGCAGAGCCGCCGAGGGAGUCUGUCUAGGCCUCGGCGCAGCCAUGGGCAGCACAGCGGACAAAACAGCUGAGACAUUUCUCUCUUUUCUCGUCGAGUUGCGUCGGCUCUCGGCUCCGAGAGAACGUGCGACGAUAGUUGAGGAGAAAGAGGAGAGUGCAGAGGGACAAAGGGCAGGAGCUUUCGUCGGCGACCUGUCCGCGUUCUACCAACAGGUUCUAUCGCAGUCUCAAGGCGCCGGAGAGGAACACAUCGGACAUGCAGAGACCGCGAAUACCACCGUCACGCACGCUCUCGUCGCUGUUCUUGACCAUUGCGUCACGGAAUUAAAAUCAGGAACUGGGACAGAUUAUCUCGGCAAACUCACCCUCGCUGCACUACGCGCCAUUACUAUCGUUCUAAGCAAUGACACUGUCACCCCGGGUGAUGUAUCGAACCUCUUAAAGAUUUUAACAGAAGGUCCACUCGCGAAAGGUGUCUGGCUACGAUCUUUUCAACUCGUGAAGAGUCGGUGCGAGGCAUUCGUCGCUCUGGCGGGGGCGAGAACGAGUCAGGACAGUGUCGCAGAAGGGAAUAGAGAAGAUCUAUCUCUUCUAAAGGAGAAGAGAGUCGCUCUGUGUCAUGCUUUGGCAUUUCUGCUUCAUCGGUUUCCGAAGAUUCGGUUGCUGGCAGCGGAGUCGAUCUACAGUUCUGUUCUUCUUUCUCUGUCUCCUGAAGUGGACUGCAUAUCUGGAGUGGAGGAUGCCAACUCUGUGGCGCGCGAUUCGCCGACUGCAUGCACUGAGUCUCCAGUUCCAACAAGCCCCAGAUCAGAGCAAUUGCUCGUCCUCUCAGAAAAGCAGCUGGACGAGGCUACAGAGCUCCUUACGCUCACACCAUGGCUUGAGUUGAAUGUGAACAGUGACGAGAAUAUGCGUGCAUGCAGUCCGAGUGAACUCAGCUGUAGGCAGGUCAACGAAGGGAAAGAUGAAAACAAAAGGAAGAGUCACAGUGGUGGGAACGAAAUACAGUGUCCUGUCGAGAGACUGGUGGUUUUAUUUAGUAUUCAGAAUGAGUGGGCGACAGUAUUUUUCAAAACUGACGACAUUCACCAGGAAAGAAAGAGAGUCCUUCUUGGUUAGGCUUGAUUGCGGAGUAGCAAACGUCUUGGCUAGGCAGGGUCAGGAACUCCCUUGUGGACGGGGCUGGACAGCAUGUAAUUUGACUUGUGUCUGCUUGUUUUCUGCCGAAAAAUCAAAUUUUCCGCUCCACGCCUAGGACUUUCCUGAGUGUGUAGCCCGCUGCUGGGGUCGGUUCGAUGAUUAAUGUUGAUGCGAGUC